ACAGGUCGGGUUACUGCUCGAAAAGGUCGGUUUAAAUUUACUUCCGUGUUUUGAUCCCAAUGUGUCGCCAACAUGCUGCAAAUAUGUUUGAUUAUAUUGGUUUUACAACUGUCCACAGCGUAUGAGAACAUUGCCCUCGAAAAACCUGCAUGGCAACUUCAUCAAUAUAUACCAGGUGACGGCAGAUUUCAUGCAAGUAAUGCUGUAGAUGGACUCAAAACUGACUUUGGCCCCGGAGGACAGUGUGUCCUAUCGGAAAGUCAUAAACAGACAGCCAUAUGGAGAGUGGACCUAGAGGGCAUUCGCAGUAUUCGUCACAUUACCAUUUAUUACAGGACAGACAAUGCUGCAUGGGGUCCGCAAAAUCAAUACUCUGGCAGAUUUGUAGGGUUUUCCCUAUAUGUAUCAAAUACAACCGACAGAACAGAAGGACAUUUGUGUGUUCCUGACACAAACUACACAAGGGACACUAUACCCGCCGUCCUCAACGUCACGUGUCCAGUUCACGGACAAUACGUCAUCUACUACAACGAAAGACUACAAGGAAAGACCUACCCUGCUGGUUAUAGUGUCGAGGCAUAUAACGAGCUCUGUGAAGUAGAGGUUUACGGUUGUCCUGUACCCGGUUACUUCGGACCUGACUGUUCUUUCCCUUGUCCUGAUACAAACUGUCGAUACUGUCACAUAGAGACUGGGGCCUGUCAGGGAUGUAAACCCGGAUACCAGGGACAUCAGUGUGAACUACCGUGCAGUCAUCAGUAUUACGGAGAACAAUGUAAUGAGACCUGUGGUAACUGUAGUGACAGUAUCACGUGUAACAAUGUGAACGGAACGUGUACAAACGGAUGUGACGUCGGUGUCUACGGAGACAAAUGCAAAAUACCGUGUCCUAGUAGUCGACAUGGUAAGAACUGUUCUCGAACGUGCACUAAUUGUGACACGUGCGACAUAUUUACAGGACAGUGCACAGCCCCCUGCUACUCGGGCUGGAAGGGAACACAUUGUACUGAAAAAUGUGACGGACUAAAAUUCGGGGCUGGCUGUGAUGAGGACUGUGGAGUCUGCCUAGAUUAUACACAAUGUCACCACAUAAACGGAACAUGCUUUGAUGGAUGCGAUUUUGGAUAUGAAGGAGAACUCUGUAAAACUGACUGUUCUCGUGGGACAUUUGGAAAGAAUUGUGAUCAAAUAUGUUCUGUGAAUUGUGAUAAAGAUCCCACAAUAUGUAACGGAACAACGGGAGAGUGCCCGAGUGGAUGUCGCCCGGGCUGGGAAGGACUGCAAUGUGACAUGGUAUGUUCCGAGAAAAAGUAUGGUAAGAAUUGCAGCCAGGCCUGUGGUAGUUGUUACAACCAUGAUAUAUGUCAUCACGUGAAUGGUACCUGUUUCAGAGGAUGUGACAGGGGGUUUAAGGAGGUAUUAUGCCAGAAAGAAUGUGAACCAGAGUACUACGGGUAUAACUGUUACAAUAACUGUAGUACACUAUGCAUCAAUGAAACAUGCGAUUCCUUUAACGGAGAAUGUUACAUAAAGCACACGACACAAGAAAAGAAAGUCACAUCUGAAGAUAACAAGCUAGCGCCUAUCAUAGGUGGUGUUGUUGGCGUGCUGUCAGCUUGUUUGCUGGUUGUUGUAAUAGUUGUGGUGCUGAGAAGGAACAAAAAGACGUUGGACGAAGGAAAGAAAUUCCAUCCGGGUAAUUCUACCAAUUGUACCAAAGACGCAGCACUAAAAGUCCAAGACGAUGGAAAUGUGAACAAUGUGUAUCAAGAACUGACAGAACUGAGUCCACCUUCAAUCUAUGACUCCCUUCGUUAGAAGGACAUCAUACCUGUCCGUUUUCACUUAGCUCAUUGACAUAUUUGGAAACAUGCUAUAUUUUGUACGACAACCUCUAUUUUUAUAACAAGACGCAUGCAUUGUGUUUCACAUAUCCAGUGAGUUUUCCUCUUACAAAUACAGAUAUGAAUGUGGGGAUAGCAUUAAAUUAAUCAGGUUUCAGGAAGUAUAAGAUUUCUGUCAAAAUGUUUUACACCAGGGUGAAAUUAGACCAAAUUCAAAAAUAGUGUUCGAGUAACUCUCCUAACUGCAUCACAUAUACACUAUUGCGAUAGAAUGACGUUUCGAAAUUCAACAGUGGAUACUACGAGCGAGGAGAAUUGAUUCCAUCGUCAACCUAUGACUUCAUUUAUUAGAAGAAAGACAUCUUUACACGCCAUGUAUACUAGUAUAUGAUCCUCAAUGAUGUAUCGCAUGAUGUACAAGUAUUGCAGUAAACAGGUCUUCUAAACAUGUAUUGUUUGCUAGGACAUCCGCAAUGUUUACUACAACAUGUAUGCAUUAAAUUUGAAAUCAGUAUAAUUCAAAGUAUCCUUCUCUUACACAGGUAGAUAAAUAAAUAAUAGUAAAUUUCAGCGAAGAAUAAGAUUUUGUAGAGCGAUGAACGUUUCAUGUUUUUUUUAAAAAUGUUGUUCUAGUGACUAUAUUGAAGUUCUUCAGUAUCCUAUUCCUUAAAGAUUUAAAGGAACUCAAUUGUCAAAUUUUAGAAAUUAAUGUCACAUUUCUUUCAUUACUCACAAGUGCAUUUCUUAUAUUUGAUUUGAGAUUUAUAUAGUGAAAAUGAGAGUUAUAUUAAUUAAUAAAUGAUUACCACCAU